AUGGACCAAACAAUGGACCACAAGGGCCAAGCAAUGGACCACAAGGACCAAACAAUGGACUUCAGGGACCAUACGGACCACAAGGACCAGGAGCAUCUGUUGCUUCAGCCGCUGCUUCAGCAAGUUCAACAAGUGGACCAAAUAACAGACAAACCAAUGGACCAUACGAACAAAAUGGGACCAUUUGGACCACAAGGACCAGGAGCAUCUGCUGCUUCAGCCGCUGCUUCAGCAAGUUCAACAAGUGGACCAAAUAACGGACAAAACAAUGGACCAUACGAACAAAAUGGUCCACUCGGACCAAAUGGACCACUAGGACCUAACGGCCCACUUGGACAAAAUGGACCAAAUGGACAAAGCUAUGGACCACUAGGACCAAACGGUCCUCUCGGACCAAAUGGACCACUAGGACAUAACGGCCCACUUGGACAAAAUGGGCCAAACAAUGGACCACAAGGAUUAAACAAUAGGCAAGUAGGUCCAUACGGACCAGAAGCACCAGGAUCUUCAGCUUCUGCAAGUGUUACUGCUACAAGCGGUGGAGAAAUCAUUGUUAUAGAAAGACCCGAAAUAGCCAAAGCAAAUGCUUAUGCUUCAAGUGGGUCAUAUGCACCAAAUAACGGACAAAACAAUGGACCAAGUGUACCGUAUGGACCCCGCGGUUCAAUCGGGCCAAAUGCACCUUUAGGACCAAAUGGACCACUAGGACCCAACGGCCCACUUGGACAAAAUGGACCAAAUGGACUAAGCAAUGGACCACAAGGACCAAAUAAUGGAGCUAGUGGACCAUACGGACCAAUCGGUCCUCUAGGACCAAAUGGACCACUUGGACCCAACGGCCCACUUGGACAAAAUGGGUCAAAUAAUGGACCACAAGGAUCAAACAAUGGACUACAAGGACCAUACGGACAACAAGGACCAGGAGCAUCUGCUGCUUCAGCCACUGCUUCAGCAAGUUCAACAAGUGGACCAAAUAACGGACAAAACAAUGGACCAUACGAACAAAAUGGUCCGCUCGGACCAAAUGGUCCACUCGGUCCAAAUGGACCUCUAGGACCAAAUGGACCACUAGGACCUAACGGCCCACUUGGACAAAAUGGACCAAAUAGACAAAGCAAGGGACCACAAGGACCAAGCUUUGGACCACAAGGACCAAACAAUGGACUUCAGGGACCAUACGGGCCACAAGGACCAGGAGCAUCUGUUGCUUCAGCCGCUGCUUCAGCAAGUUCAACAAGUGGACCAAAUAACGGACAAAACAAUGGACCAUACGAACAAAAUGGUCCACUCGGACCAAAUGGACCUCUAGGACCAAAUGGACCACUAGGACCUAACGGCCCACUUGGACAAAAUUGGUCAAAUAAUGGACCACAAGGACCAAAUAAUGGACCACAAGGGCCAAGCAAUAGACCACAAGGACCUAGCAAUGGACCACAAGGAUCAAACAAUGGACUGCAGGUACCAUACGGACCACAAAUACCAGGAGCUGCCACUGCCGCCGCUGGUGCUGCCGCCUCGAGCGGACCAUACGGUUCUAACGCUUCUGCCGGAACUUCAGUAGGAUCCUCUUCGUAUGCUCCAUAUGGAUGGACAGGAGUCCGCAAGGCUUGCGUCCUCACCCGCAGACAGUUUGUUGUCAAGAUUGGCACCCGCCGCAACCGUUGCACCACUUGCAACUAAUUUUUCUAGCAAUCGUUUCCUUUUUACUUUUUUAUCUUUCUUAUAGUUUUUCAAUGGAUACAUCUUUAUUUUCUUUGUGUUAAAUAAAGUCUGGCAUAUAA